CUCAUCGACGUGGCACGUUGGUUCGAGUCGGUGGUGGCCGGUUGGAGUCGUUGGCGGAGUCGGCGCACGUUGGAAGCUUGGUUGGAAGUUGGAAGGCGCAUUUUCCGACUAACGUCCAUCGUGAACAGUUGUCACAGUUGUUAGAGAGAAUACACAUAAAACACACAAAAUGAAUAAAAUUAUUUUCUUGUGCGCGUUAACGGGUUUAAUUUCUGUGGUUUACGCCGAAACCUGUCAGAAACCUGAGAUCGUCGCGUCGUCAUAUGUGACGGAAGACGCGACGGUCCUCACGAACGUCGCCUUUACCAUGCAAUUCGUAUUGAAAUGCAAUAACGGAGUAAAGGGAAUUAGUUUGUACGCUGAGGUCGAGGGUAAAACGUUGCCAGCAGUCAGGCUAAGCGCUGAUAAUAAAUAUCAGAUAUCUUGGACGGAAGACGUUAAGAAAGCAAGGUCUGGUGAUUACUACAUAAAGCUGUACGACGAGGAAAAAUACGUCGCUGUUCGUAAAGCAAUAAGGAACGGAGAAAAUCCUGAUAGUGUGAAUCCCUUAGCAGUGGUUGUUCUUAACAAUCCGGGUGUUUUCCUUGGUCCUUGGGUAAACUCUGAAUUCUUAGCUGCUUUCUUAGCUAUUCUCGUGUCCUAUUCAGCGUUCUCUGCAAAGUACAAACUUCUAGCGUAGAAAAUUUUUUGUUAUAAAAUAAAUAUUUACAAAAUAUUUAAACAAGUAUUAUUUAUCCUCAGAAAUGAAACUUAAUAAAAUAAAAUUAUUUGUACAUUUCUAUGUGUUGUAAA